AAUCGAGUAACAAAACCCUACUUCACCGGUGCCUGUAUUUUAUUUUUCCCGCCAUUUUCCAGCUUCUGUGCGAAUCCUUGCCGCUUCGUCUGCUAUCUCGGCUUCAGCAUACGAGUUCAAGCACGUCUAGUACUCAAAAUGACAAGAGAAGAAGCUGAGAAUGGAAGAGAUGAUAUGCUAAUUGAUGGUUGUGAAGCUGAACAGAUGCAAAUCAACGCUGUUCCUGAUGGAUUCAAUGCCAAUUAUUUGAAAGUUUAUUAUGGAAAGCUUUUUCCCCAUGCUGAUAUCUUUAAAUGGAUGUCCUAUGGAAAUGAUGGAAAGCAUCCUGCAUGUGACCAAUCAUACUUUGGACGAAGAGAAUUUUCUUUCACAUUGGAUAAUGACAUAUAUCUGAGGUUUCAGUCUUUCAACAGUGCAUCUGAACUGGAAAAUUCGAUCAAAGAGAAAUGUCCAUUCAAAAUAGAUAUUGGGCCUGUGUACAGUGUUGAUCCUACAAAAAGGCAUGCCUAUGGACAAUCUGGUGAUAAUGUUUUCAGUCCGGUUGAAAGAGAGCUGGUUUUUGAUAUAGAUAUAACAGAUUAUGAUGAUAUUAGAUAUUGCUGCUCAGGGGCUGAUGUUUGCUUGGACUGCUGGCCCCUAAUGACUGUUGCUAUUAAGGUGAUUGAUACUGCUCUCCGAGAUGACUUUGGAUUUAAUCACAUUCUCUGGGUAUACAGUGGAAGACGUGGUGUCCAUUGUUGGGUUUGUGACAGGAAAGCAAGAAGGUUGAAUAAUGAACAGAGGGCAUCCAUUGCCGAAUAUUUUCGUGUAUACAAGGGCAAUGAGAAUGGUCAGAAAAAGGUUUCUUUAAUGGGUCCUGUACUUCACCCUUUCCUUCUGAGAUCAUAUGAUGAUGUUCUGAAAGAUUUCUUCGAGGAGAAUUUGCUCCGUAGUCAAAAGUUACUUUCAAACGAGGAGCGCUUUGAGAAGAUAUUAGAGAUGAUUCCUGAUGAAUCUGUAACUUCUGAGCUUCGGGGAAAGUGGCUGGAGAACAGAAGGUCUUCUGUUUCAAAAGAAGACAUUAAUGUUGUUAGGUGGGAGCAACUAAAACAUAUGCUGCAGUCUGGAAAACAUAAGGCACAGGGGCUUCGUCGGUGUGUCGAAGAGAUUGUAUUUUGUUAUACCUAUCCUAGGCUUGAUAUGGAGGUUUCGAAGCACAUGAACCAUUUGCUGAAGGCACCAUUCUGUGUACACCCUAAAACAGGUCGUGUUUGUGUUCCAAUUGAUCCAAAACACUGUGAGGAGUUUGAUCCGACCACUGUACCAACACUUUCCAUGCUUUUAGGAGAACUUAACAUGGGAGGUUUGAGAGCAGAUGGUGAUAAUGAAUGCGAUAGAACCUCAAUUGGGAAAUCCAUCAGAUAUUUUAGGUCAUCUUUCUUACAGCCUCUGCUAAAAGCUUGCAAGGAGGAUAUAGAAAGUUCUUAUAAUGUGAAACUUCAGCAGUCAAAGAAUUCACUGAACUGGUAGUGCUUUCCAUUUAACAAACCAUCCUGUUUCUGCUUUCAGAGGUCCUUUCAGUUCUGUAGGAUUAUGCUGUAUGAUUUAACUUAAAAUUUCAUUGUUAGUUUAUUAUAUGAUUAUGUAAUGAAAUUGUGCUUUAUGGAACUAGAAAAUUACCUAUCAAAUGUAAACUGUCACCAUUUUAAAGCAUAACAGUUAUCAUCUCCUCUUAAUCAGCAGAAUGAACAUCCUAUUUCCACAAAUUAACA